CGAAUUAUAGGAAUGCCAAAUUAUGGUGAACUCCUCUUGACAGGGAGGGGCGAAGGAAGGAGAGACUAACCGCCAUCUACUCGGCUUUCUUGCUCUCUCUAAGAAUCUAUCCUAACUCAAGUGAAGUCUGCAUCUUGAGAUUUCAUAUUGAUUGCCGAGAAUUUUUCAGAAGCUUCUUCAAUCUGCAAUUCAAUCUUCUGGAUAAUGCGUAAAUAAAAUUAUCUUCAUUCAAUCUUCAAAUAAAAUGCUGCCAGGCAAACCCGGAGGAGGAGGCCAAACCCCUAGUCGGUGAGUUUUUUUUUUCGCAUUUCACCUCGUCGAUUCUAUCGAAUAGCUCUAACUCAUUUUCCGAUUAGGGCUUGAACACCUUAGUAGUUUUGGCAGUUGAAAGUUUGUACAGAAAACUGAAAGCUUGGAUUGAAUUCACAUGUUGCGCGUUCCUAUUUUCAUAUUUGAUCUGUUAUGACUGGGAAUACAAACCGAAUUGUAUUCUAUAUGAACCAUUGGAACUUUUUUCAUCCUCCAUAGGAAGGUUUGAGUUGCUGAGUAUGGUGAAGACACACUCAAAGUUCUUAGGGAAAACCAUUCUUGAGGAGGAAGAUCCAUCAGAUGUGGAAAUGGAUCCACUGUUCUGGCAUGAAGUGCUGGAUUUGUAUUUCAUAUGUGGCAAGGAACCCAGAGGCCGCCAGGAGGAUGAUCUUGUAUUCUUCGUUCGAAAAAUGAGUUUCCAAGGAUAUGAAUCCAACAACAAUAGUGAAGAAAAUUCUCCUUACUUUGUACGGAGGUGGGCUCCCAAGUUGGACGAUUUACUUGGUGAGAACUUGGUAAAUGUGGAUUGGAGGCGCUCAUUUUACUUGAACUUGAUUGCUCAUACAACUUUCAGUGUGACUGUAGCAAUUUGCAGUCAUGAGGCCCUUAAAACUUACCAAACUGGCAAAGACAAACCGUUGUCUCCUAUAUACAAGGUUGUGAAAACUGUUUACGCAUCUCCAAGUCGUAUUAAUUUUCAUUUGGACUCAAGAAAGGAAGUAGAAACAGCUCCUGCAUAUCCAGAUAUAUGUUUUGCAGUUGAUGAUUUUGAUUCUACAUUUGAUGCAGUGGUUUUGACAGAUGUAGAUCAUUGCUAUUGUGUCGUUCUAAAUGCACAUGAUGGGGCUGCAUUUCCCACUGAAAAGAAACUUCAAGGUCUGAGUAACAUAUGUGAUUCUCCAAAAAGCGAAGCAAGUGCUGAAAAGACUAAGAGUUCAAAGAUCACUCUAUUCUCGGGUUUCGUUAGCUAUCAGAUGGUCCGAGACGCCUAUGAUGCUGGAAGGACUGGAUUUGGGAGUCUUCUUUCACUUCAUUCAUCAGGGAAAACGGACAGGAUUUACAUGAAAGGCCCAGGAGGACGUGGGGAAGUGGAAGUAGCUGUUUCUGGCGUUGUAGAUCAAAGCAAACACGAAUACAGCCAACACUCCUCUAAUAAGGGACUAAGCUUCAGUGCAGUCGUUCGAAGGGCAGCAUCGGCUGCAUCAGUUGCAGCAAAGCAUGCUUAUGCUGCCGCUUCUGCAACUGCACGGAGUUCAGACGAAGAAGGGGAGAUGACCCCACUAAAGUGCUGCUUGAUGUCAGUAUCGUUGCCCUGGGAGCACAUUUCUCAUGAUCUUCUCCUCAAGGGAAGUCCCCCGGUGAAUUUGUAGGAAUAAAGAUGGUAUGAUCUGCUUGUGUAUACAGUAUUACACUUCUCAUGUAUGAGUAUUAUUUAUUACUGCGUACUCAAUAAAUUAAGGUUACUUAAUGUUAAUCCUCAACCUUACUUGGGACUUAUUUGGCAACAAUGUUAGAAAUGCGAGUUAACGUUUUGAAAAAGACUAUCUAACGACAAUGUUUAUAACUUUUUCGUUUU